AUGGAGAAUCAAUCCAAGAGAAAAGCAGACCAGGCGCUAGGCGGGGAUGGCAAGCGAUCAAAGACUAAGAAGGAGUGGCGCGUUCCAAGGAAGAUUGACCACGGUGCAGUAUCAGCUAAAGCCAUCCAGCCCGGCGACGCUGGAUUCUGGGUGACGUGCCAGAAGAACAAGGAAGGCAAAUGUGUCCACGAGAUGCGAGACUGGUUGACCGACCUAGCGGAACAUCUCUAUCCUGAAGCCUUGGAAGCGAAAGCACCUGAUGCGGCGAAUGAGGACGCAGGCGAGGAGGAAGUCGACAUCGAGAAAGCCAUAGCAGCUGAAGUCAAGGACAUUCGAAAGCCUGCAGCUGCUCAGCUUUUCACUCCUGUCAGACUUGAUAUGCAGUGUGGUGAGUACUGGCAGAGCUCAGUCCCGGAUGUGAUGCUGAUGCCCAGUGUAGUCGUGUUCUUUAAGACGAUCGCGCCAGUCGAGCCAGUGUCGCUGGUAAAGACGAUAUGCGAGGAAGCCAUGGCGGACAAUCAGUGCAAGCGAACAAGAUUCACCAAAAGACUAUCACCGAUGACUUUAAUGGGCCGAGCAUCGGCGGAAGGCUUAGAGAAAGUGGCUACAGAAGUGCUUGCACCGCACUUUCACCAGGAGCCGUUCCAGAGGCGGAAGUUUGCAAUUCGGCCCACGCUCCGAAACCACAACAUCCUAUCUCGCGACGCAGUCAUCAAGCAAGUGGCGUCCAUCGUCGGACCAGGCCACGUGGUCGACCUGCAGCACUACGAGCUAUUGAUCGUGGUUGAAGUCUAUCAGAACGUCUGCGGCGUCAGUGUGAUCGAUAACAGCUUCGAGAGGUUGAAGCGCUAUAACAUAUCGGAAAUCUUCGAGCCAACGCCGAAAGAUGCAGAGGUGAAAUGA